GAAAGCUCACAGUGCCUCUCUCUUUCAUGUGUAGUUGUUGUGUGGGAGUUGCGACAAUGAAACUUCAGUGAGUGACACGUUUGUACUUCGUUUACACCUUGGUUUACACGAGGAACCAUGUCGAGUGUUUUAGCGAGAGUUUUAUUCUAUCCCACUCUCGCUUACAAUGUUGUCAUGGAAAAGAUUUCCUACAGGCAGUGGUUUAAUCGCGUGGACGCGACUGUCAUUCUCGGUGCUCUUCCAUUCAGGUCAAUGACAGAGGAGUUGGUCCAAAAUGAAAAAGUAAGAGGAGUAAUUACCAUGAAUGAAGAAUAUGAGACAAAGUAUUUCUGCAAUUCAGCUGAGGAAUGGCAGUCUGUUGGCGUUGAGCAGAUCAGACUGGACACUGUGGACCUGAUAGGUGUUCCCAGUCUUGAGCACAUCCACAAGGGUGUGGAUUUUGCCUUGAGACACAGAGAACAGGGCAGCAGCGUCUAUAUUCACUGUAAGGCUGGCCGCUCACGCAGUGCAACUAUUGCAGCUGCAUACCUCAUCAGGCUACACUGUUGGAGUCCAGAGGAAGCAUGUAAGAUGCUGGCCUCAGUUCGGCCUCACGUGCUGAUCCGCGCAGCACAGCUGGAGAUGCUGCAGAAGUACUACAACCAAGUGUGUGAUUCAGAGUCCAGCUAGAAGAUGCACAGUGGAUAAAUGCUAAUGUUUAUUUUGAAUCUCAAACAGCAGUUCUGAACUUGCUCUGCACAUUAUGUCUUCCAUAUUUAAUACAUCUGAUUAAGAUCAUCAACUUGUUAGCUCCAUGAAUGCGUGUGUCAGAUAAGAGAGUUGACUAUCAAUGUUGUACAGCAUCAAUAAGUUGUUUUGUCCUCGUCGGAGUGUAUAUUUUUAUAUAUAUUAUUUUUAGAAUGUGUGUACUGUACAUAAAAGCAGUAAUAAUGUCCAUCUGAAUCAACUGUCACUUUGUGAAUAAAACUAUCUUGUCACUUCUGUAUCUUCAAA